GGAUGACGGGGCUCAGGUAAAGUUCAACAUGGUCACAAUGCAGGGAAAUCUCGCCACGGGUUCAGUCAGGGGCUGAAGAGGCCCAGAGAAACACAUAGAAUGAAAGAAGUAGAUAAUCUUGAAAGUAUAAAAGAAGAAUGGGUUUGUGACACAGGAUCUGACAAUCAGCCUCUUAGUGAUAACCAGCAAAUGAAUUGUGAACACUUAGUUGACAGCCUUUUUGAGGAAGCUCAGAAGAUUGGUGCCAAAUCCUUGUCUCCCACUGAACAGAAGAAACAGGUAGAUAUAAAUAUAAAAUUGUGGAAAAACGGGUUCACUGUCAACGAUGACUUUAGAACUUACUCUGAUGGUGCAAGUCAACAAUUCCUGAACUCCAUCAAGAAGGGGGAAUUACCUGCAGAAUUACAGGGAAUUUUUGAUAAAGAGGAGGUGGAUGUGAAAGUUGAAGACAAAAAAACUGAAGUAUGUAUAUUGACAAAGCCUGUGUUCCAGCCCUUCUCAGGACAGGGUCAUAGACUAGGAAGUGCUACACCAAAAAUUGUUUCAAAAGCAAAGAUUAUUGAAGUUGAAAGUAAAAAUACUUUAUGUGCUGUUUCACUGAACAACUUGGAACCCAUUACUAAGGUACAGAUCUGGUUAGCCAAUGGGAAAAGAAUUGUCCAGAAAUUUAAUAUUUCUCAUAGGGUAAGCCACAUCAAAGACUUCAUUGAAAAGUACCAAGCACCUCAAAGAAGCCCUCCCUUUUCCCUGGCAACAGCGCUUCCUUUCCUCAGAUUGCUAGAUGAGACACUCACCCUGGGAGAAGCAGCUUUACAGAAUACUGUAAUCAUUCAGAGACUAAAAGAAACGGCUGAGCCUUUCAGAAAACUUUCAUAGCAUUGAUUUUUGAGAGACUAAGUAGAAAUUUUGCAGGGAAAUGAUGGUUGGAAGUGAGCAUGUAAAAGUGGGAGAAAGGAGAAGUUUGAUUCAUUGGACUUUUGGGUUGAGUGCUAUUUAACUCUCUUGAUGAGAAAAAUUUUAAAUAAUCAGGAAACAUAGCAGGAAACUGUAUUCAACACACUUUUUUCCCAGAAUGCUUACUCAAAUAAAAGUACAAUUAUUUUCAAACACUAAUUAAUCACCAUAUGAUUUAUUAGAUAGCUAUGUCAUGUACAGUGCUUAAGGUCAUGUAAAUUAUCAAAAAUAUUAACUGUCUCCAAAUUAUUAAAUAGCAAUAUGUUAAAAUAUUACACAGGGCAGGUUAAAAGCAUCAGUGUAAUUAUUUUAUAACUUGGAUAUAAUCAAAAGGCUAGGAGGGCCUCUUUUCACAACAUAGCUAGCUAUAUCUAAACCUUAAAUUGGUCUCAGUUUUUACUCUGUGCUAGCAAGACAAAAUCAAGUUUUAAUUUGAGAAUAGUAUCUUAAGAUUUAUUUUCACUUAGGAAUAAAAUUGUAUAUUUUAGUAUAAUGUUGGUAUAUCUCCAGUUCAUGGGACUAGGAAUGUGGCCUAGCAGUAGAGUGCUUGCCUCGCAUGCAUGAAGCCCUGGGUUU